CAUCCGGGUAACUCCAGCACACUGCGCCCUACAUACUGUUUCUGAGCUGUGUGUAGUAUGUAUAGGUAGUACGUAUAGAUAGUAUGUAUAGAUAGUAAGUAUAGAUAGUAUGCGCGGUAAAUCCACUCGCACAGUGGGCGUGGGAGGCGGGUUUGUGUUUGUUGAUUCACUUCCUCGUUACUGCAGAGCUCCUGGAGUUUUGCUAUGAAUCAGGUUUUGAGAAACUGGGCUGGUUCAAUACACGUCGCAUUAACACUUGUGACACUACCGUACCCCGUUCAUACUACAGCAUACUGUAAACCAAUCAACAGCAGAGUUUCAAGUCUCAGUUCCUCGAUGUCAAGUUGUGCCUCAAUGUCAUCUGCUAUGCACAUAAAGGCCCGUUGUCCAGUGUAUCCUGGCUCAGACACGCACCGAUUUCCUGUUUCAGAUGAUAAGGUUAGUUGGCAGACAGACUGGUUUGAGUACAGUCCAGUGGACUACACAGCACCAGCUGUCCUGAAGAAACCUGACUGGGCUGAUCCAGAGAUUGGUUCAUUUUCUCUGCGGUUUAACUCGUUGGAUGGGGCUGUGGAUAGGAGGAGCCAUGAGGGAGAUUACAUCAUCCAGGAUGGUAGACCACUUAAUCCGAGGGGAAGAACUGGCUUAAAAGGGCGAGGCCUUCUUGGCCGGUGGGGUCCCAACCAUGCAGCAGAUCCCAUAGUUACCAGGUGGAAAAAAGACUUAGCUGGCCAGCACAUUUUAAAUGCCGUCUCUAAACUUCCUGUGCUACAGUUUGUGUCAAUCAAGAGGAAAGAUUGUGGAGAAUGGGCCAUUCCAGGGGGUAUGGUCGACCCAGGAGAGUUGGUGUCUCUGACUUUGCAGCGAGAGUUCUCAGAAGAAGCAAUGAACUCUCUCCAGGCUUCUCCACAAGAACAGAAAAGGAUCCAUGAGCGAAUCACGCAGCUUUUCAGUACAUCAGGGGUUCAGGUGUAUAAAGGUUAUGUAGAUGACCCAAGAAACACAGACAAUUCCUGGAUGGAGACAGUUGCUGUUAACUUUCAUGAUGAAACAGGUGACAGCGUGAGCGAGCUGCCACUACAAGCCGGUGAUGAUGCAGGCCAAGUGAGCUGGAUCGACAUCGACUCUUCUCAGCCCCUUUAUGCCAGUCACUCGCAUUUUCUUCAGGCUGUUGUAACAGAAAGACAUGCUCACUGGUAACCAUAAGCAAUGAAGAAGUGCCUAUAAAAAUAAGAUCAAAACAUUCUUUUUAAUCGUUUAUACAAACCCUAUAUCCGGAGAAUUUCGACUUAGAAUUUUAUUUAUUGUUUAAUAAAAUUGAACUUUUGAACUUUUUUUUUAACUGACAAGUACAAAGAAUUGAUUUACACUGACCAACUUAAUAUAAACACAUGUUAAAUUUGAUGCCUUUAACAAUCAAAAAAGUUGGGACAUCUUUUUACUUCUGUCACCACUUAAAGAAAGGUUUAAGAGAGUUCAAAUCACAGAUUCUUGUUUUCAUUGCAUUUUACAAAAUGUCCUGGACAUAGGGUUAGUAAUUAUAAAUUAAGAUGUAAAUCAUUACUGUUCAAAAUGGUGCACCAGAAAUGUUUUUUUGCGGUUCAUCCUGCACUGUUGUUUUUUAGCUGAAGCUACAUUCCCCUUUAAAAUGUGCUUGAUUAAAAACUGAUUUAACUUAGUUUAGCAACUAUAAGAGCACUUACUACCUGAACUACACAAAGAUUCACAGUAUAGAUUUCAGGCUGAUGUAAACUGCCUGUAGAAAUAUUGUCCAAGCUUGCAUGCAUUUUACACAACACACAUAUUCACGGCAAACUGUCAAAUGUAAAUCUGUCUCUGAUGUUUACUCCAUAGAUGUUUAACUAAUUCAAAACUGGAUGGUACUUUUGUUGUGUCUACAAAUGCAAUUAUUAUGUAAUUAAUACAAUAAACUUGAAGCAUAUUACUCUGAAA